UUGGCCGCAGAGGAUCCGGUUUUGGAUCAGCCGCUCUCUGCGGGUCUCGGUGCCGCAACACAGAGGGACUCGGCUGCCAUCCUCUGCGGCUGUCGAGCUUGUCACCGGUCAGGGAUGCGGAAGCGCAGGAGCCCGCUGUGCGCGGAGCAGGACAGCGACGAGGCGCUGAAGCGGCGUUCUGCGGACAGCAGCCGGCAGGACCCGCAGGAGGAGGGUAGCAUGAAGAAACCGUUUAGGAGGCUCGGGCUGGUGGGUAAAAUAAAGAGGAUCUUCUUGGUGCUGAUGAUCAUCUAUGUGUCGAUACCUUGCAUUGUCAAGAUCUUUCCUUCCAUUCAGGCCAAACUUGUCUUCCUUAACUUUGUCAGGGUGCCGUUCUUCAUAGACCUGAAGCGUCCGCAGGACCAUGGCUUAAACCACACCCACAACUUCUACCUGGAGCCUGAGAGCGGCCUCAAAGCCGGAGUCUGGCACACGGUUCCCGCUCAAAUGUGGAGAGAAGCUCAGGGUAAAGACGGCAACUGGUACCUCUCCACGUUCAGCUCCUCCAACCCCGUCAUUCUCUAUCUCCAUGGUAACGCAGGGACCAGAGGAGGAGACCACAGAGUGCAGCUAUACAAGGUCCUCAGCUCGUUAGGCUACCACGUGGUCACGUUUGACUACAGAGGUUGGGGGGAUUCGGAAGGUUCGCCGUCAGAAGGCGGGAUGACAUCAGACGCACUCUUUGUCUAUGAUUGGCUGAAGCAGCAAAUUGGAAAAACGAAGCCGCUUUACAUCUGGGGCCACUCUCUGGGAACAGGAGUCGCCACAAACUUGGUGAGACGGCUGUGUGACAGAGGAAAUCCACCAGAUGCUCUAAUCUUAGAGUCUCCCUUCACAAACAUCAGAGAGGAGGCCAAGUGCCACCCGUUCUCCAUGGUGUACAGGUAUCUCCCGGGCUUUGAUUGGUUCUUCCUGGAUGCCAUCACUGCCAACAACAUCCGCUUUGCCAGCGAUGAGAACGUAAACCACAUUUCCUGUCCAAUGCUGAUACUCCACGCGGAGGACGACACUGUGGUUCCUUUCUAUCUUGGAAAAAAGCUCUACAGCAUGGCGUCGCGCUCGCAAAGCCUCACCGGUCACAAGGUCCAGUUUGUGCCAUUCCCGGCAUCAUUGGGGUACAAACACAAGUUUAUCUACAGGAGCCCGGAGCUGCCAAGCAUCCUCAGUGACUUCCUGGGCGUGGCUCACCCACUCGCACCAUGACCCCCCCUUCUAACACGACGAUUCUUUUUAAUGAACUGAACAUGCUCAUCACCCCCCCAGCUUCAGGGCACACAGGGUUACCAUGCCGGCUGUUUCUAUGGCCAACCAGACCGUUCCUUCAAGGAGGAUUCCCCCCACCCCCAUGCUCCGCUCCAUGGGAUUGCACUCUGCAGGUUUUAGUUUGCUGCCUGUACCGACUUGAAUUAUAAAUUAAAUCUGUUUUAUUUAA